CGAGUCCCUGACUCGGUUCAGUCGCUGUUCGUACGUCGGGCCCCGUUGAUACGUUGCGCGGCCUCGUUUCGUGCCUCGAAAAUUCUUUCGAAAAAUAUUCGUUCAUUAUCCGCGGGAGACGCCAACGGAACAGCAGAGAGAGAGAGAGAGGGCGAGAGAGCGAGUCUGACGUACCGCGUCAGACAUUAACUCUCGACACGACGCGUUCAUCGUUCUUAUCCUUCCCCUCUCUUUCUCUUUCGCGCUUCGACCACGUUAACGAGCUUCAAAACGAAUUCGAAUCGUGCGAACAGUGAAUCGUGUGAGGUGCAACGCUCGGUGGUUGUUUUUUCACCGGGGAAAACAAAGAAAAGCGACGCUCUGCGGCAAGGAAAAAGACGAUCGACCAAUAAGCGCGUGGUUCCCGCGCGAACGCGAGACAACCACGGGAUCGAACAAACCUAGCCGAUUUUCGGUGUGGAUUUUUAGCGCCGAUUCGAGAAGGUAUCGUUCAUUUUUCUCGACGCUACAGUGCUCGUUCAAUUUGGUGGUGGAUUUCUAAAGCUUCGUCCGAGGAACGGGCGCAUAAUUUAGAGGAAAAAUGGCGGUGUUCGGUUUGGUGUCCGCAGUCGCGGGCUUCGUCAAGGUACGAUACCUCGUGGACAAGGCGGUAAUCGAUAAUAUGAUCUUCCGAGCACAUUACAGAAUAACUUCCGCGAUUCUCUUCGCCUGCUGCAUCAUCGUAUCUGCCAACAAUCUAAUAGGUGAUCCUAUAAACUGCCUGAGCGAUGGAGGGGUGCCAGACGCUGUGAUAAACACUUACUGCUGGAUUACGUACACGUUCACGCUGCCCCAUAACAACGCGAAACCGGUGGGCACCCACGUUGCUCACCCUGGUCUGGGAGGUGACAUCGGGGAGAAGAGGUAUCACUCGUACUAUCAGUGGGUGCCCUUCAUGCUCUUUUUCCAAGGUGUUUUAUUCUACGUACCUCAUUGGAUAUGGAAGCAUUGGGAAGAGGGCAAGGUCAGAAUGAUAUCCGAGGGUAUGAGGGGAGCCAUGGUCGAUAACAAGCCCGAACGAGAGCUCAAGUCGCAACGACUCGUCAAGUACAUCGCGGACACGUUGCAUCUGCAUAACACCUAUGCGGCCGGUUACUUUUUCUGCGAGGCCCUCAAUUUUGUCAACGUGGUGAGCAACAUAUUCUUCGUCGACACGUUUCUAGGCGGUGCAUUCUUGUCGUACGGCACAGACGUGAUCAAAUUCAGCAACAUGAAUCAGGAACAACGCGUCGAUCCCAUGAUCGAAGUUUUUCCACGCGUAACCAAAUGUACCUUCCACAAAUUCGGUGCUUCUGGAACCAUUCAAAAGUUCGAUGCCCUCUGUGUCCUCGCUUUGAAUAUUCUCAACGAGAAGAUCUACAUUUUCCUAUGGUUCUGGUUCAUUAUUCUGGCAGUAUUAUCUGGAGUUGCUUUACUUUACAGCAUGGCUGUCGUUUUGUUGCCUAGUACUCGUGAAACUAUCCUUAGGAAACGAUUCAAGUUUGGUACAGCUGCUGGUGUUAGUGCACUCAUCAGGAAAACACAGGUCGGCGAUUUCCUGUUGCUUCAUCUGCUUGGACAAAACAUGAACGUGAUGAUGUUUAACGAAGUGCUGGAGGAACUGUGUCGCCAAUUGCAUCUGGGUUCCACCAGUGGAGCGUCACCUACGUCGGUACCAUCCGCACCCAGCACUCUCGAGAUGUCACCCAUAUACCCAGAGAUCGAGAAAUACGCGAAAGACACGGAGAUUUAAUAUCAAACAUCUUUCUCGAUUACAUCUUUGCCUUCUCUUUUGUAUUGUGAUAAUGCCGAGGGUGAUCUCCGACACCUUUCGGUUUCGUGAGAUAAGGUUUGCGUUAUCGACGGUUGUUUCGACACGAGCAUAUACCCGUCACUGGAUACACAACAGUGGCAAAUUCUUGCCAUUUAUUCAAAAUCAUGUCAAAAUUAUAUCACGGUUAAUAUCUUAAUCUUGACGUUCGAAAGUUAAACAUGAAAAGAAGAGGAAAGAAAAUGUAGAAUACCGUUUGUAAUCACGCUACUACUUGCUUAAAAAAUUGUAUGCACUAAGCAAAUUUAUUGAAAAUAUCAGCUUGCAAAGGGUUAAUAUAAUAUCCGCAUACUUGUCCAGAUGUUUGUGCUCGACACCGUCCAUAGCUCAAGCUACUGUUAGUUUAUCAAACGAACGUGUAACGUAAUUAAAGCUGGAUAACGUUUAUCAUUGUUAAAUUAAUAGUAAGUCAUAGAGGUGUGUGGAUGAUCCCGAAUCUUGAACUUCGAAUCGAGGCAGAAAAAGUUCGGAUGAGAUUGGAUGAGAUCGGACGAGACUGAGUGAAAUUGGACGAGAAUUCCCAAAUUUUUAAAUUCAAUACUUCAACAAAUAACCAACUUAUGCAAAACUUAAAUCGAAUGCUUAUGCCGAGAAAUUUCAAAAUCUUGCUCUGUUCUGUCCGAUCUCGUUCAAAGUUUCCUGUCUUAUAACGAUCUCGAAAAUUCAGGAUCCUGCAACCUUCUAAAAAAUCGAAUUCCGUAUGGAUAACUGUCCAUUGCCAUUAUCGCAACAGCGUAAACGAUUUCCAUACAACUUCAGUCGAAAGAUCGAUCACGUUGUGAUUCUGAAUUCCUAUACGCAUUACACGUUCGCAUUCCUUCUUUUUGUAUUAUUUUUGCGUGCUGCGAAGAGACAAGUGCCUUUUGACGAGGAUAUUAUUGAAUUUCGCUCAAUUGAUCUUCCAUAAAGCACAAUAAUAUUCCUCGAUGUUGUCAGAUGAUAAUAUUCGUUACAAUUUAAUUAAUUUUGAUCUGUAUCGCGAAAAAGAUAUAUUCUUUUUUUCUAAAUGUAGAAAGAGACAUCGUAUAAGUUCUUCUUAGUUAAUCGUAGAAUUAAGAAUGAAAAUUUGUAGAGGUACAAAUUGCCGAGAGAAAAAAGUAGUAUAUUAUAAACGUAAGCGUGAUACGUUUAGAACAUGCUUAAUGAAAAAUUCUCUUAUAGCCUCUAUUAUAAGUUAACGUUUAUUUAGUUAUUCGAAUAUACCACGUGUUAAAAGACAAGAGGAACGACCAUUCAUUCCAGAUUGUUUAUUAAGCUUUUUUUAUACGUAUAUGCGUGAUUGGUGCAAUUAUCGUAGAAAGGUUAAAAAAGAUUUAGUAUAUAUGUAUAUGAAAUUUUGUUAACAAAAUUUUACGCAUUUAGGGGCAUUCCCAGUUAUUUACGCUAAUAAUUCACCAUGAAGUGUCUUAUGACAAUUAGUAAUUAUAAAAUGCAAUUUAUCGAUAAAAUUAAUUAGAGGAAAAAAUUUGUAGACAGACUCGAUAUAAAUAACACUUUUUGUAUUAUUUGAAUUGAAAGUAUCUACUUAAGAAAUGAAUUUGUAUAGACAAGAUUGGAUAUAUAACGCUUUCCGUGAAUUUUUUUUAUCGCGGAGUAUUACUUCUUUUCUAAAAAAACUUUCUUUAAGAACUGAAGAUAGAUGACUUCCAAAACGAAGCAUAAUAGCGCUGAAAAUCCACCCACGUGUCUUCGCAGCGAUAAAUCAAUGUUAAACGCUCAUAUUCUCUUUUUCUCGCGAGAACGAUAUACAGUGUUUCAAAGUUAAACGGUCAAAUCUUAUCAUCAGAUUCUACGAAUAGAAACGAAAACAAAAUGUGUAAAGAUAGGAAUGGAAAUGCUUCGACAAAAAAAUAAUUAGUUUAAAGCAAAAAUUCAGUCUUUGACAUUCUGAAAAAGACAUUUGAAAAAACUUUUUCCAAACCUGUAUUUACACAAUAUUUUUUUUUUUUUAAUUUUAUUCACAGAACGCGAAAGACUCGAAUGUUUAACUUUGGACUACCCUAUAUUAUGCUGCCGUUAAUAGAUAUAGAUCGACAAAUAAUAAUUUUAUGAGUAUUUGAUUUAGUUUAUUAUACUAUUAGUCGCGUUUCGAGUGAUAUAUAUAUUAUAUGUACAUAUACCAGGUGUGUUAUAACACGUGAAAUUCAUUUAUGUGAUAGACAUAGGACACGAUAUAUUUUUACGCUUUCAAUUUAUAGCUAUUUUUAUAUAUAAAUUACCACUUGAUACUUUAAGCAAUACUUUGACAAAGUGCGAAAUAAAAUAAUCUAACUUUGAACCUAUCUUGUACAUUAUCUGUAAAUAUUAUAUCGUUUUUUAAGUUAAACGAAAGUUUGAUAUUAUCAAGUUAACAAAUUAAAAAAAAUGAAUUAUUCUCAAUAUAUUAUAAGCAGAAAGCAAAGUAAAAUAACACACAUAUGUAUAGAAGUUUGCUUUGCGUCCUUUGUCCAUCAUUAAAAUGGUAUUCGCCUGUUAUAAAGCGCCGCGUAUAUAUGUUGCGAUAGAUGUUUAAGACAAACAAGACAGAUGUGCCUUCUUUAUAGAAUAUAAUAACGAAAACAAUGUAGAAUUUAUACGUUAAGACAAUGCUCAUUAAAGGACGAUUGCGCCGGAAUGAAGACUGCCAACAAAAGUGCAACGUUCGACCAUAAAAGCGGAGCAAACGAAAAGACAAUUUGUAGAAAUAAAGAGUGGUAUUACUCUC